AUGCCAAGUCUACCUGAUCUUCCUUAUGAGGUGAUCAUGAUGAUCGUCGAGUACCUGCAACUGGACUCUAACUGGACUCAAUUACGAUUCUACGAGAUCGGCAUCGCAUACCAAAAGGCCUUCGAACAAAAUCAGCCUCGCAGAACGAAAGAUCUGCACUCUCUUCUCCUCACUUCGAGCCGUCUGUACAAAUUUCUGAAGCCAAUGCUCUACCAGAAUCUCUUUGUUCGUGACUACAACCGCCACGGCGAGAAGGCUCCUUUGAAGCAGCUAAAAUGGAGCUUGGAAAACAGAUUAGGUCUUUCUGAACUUGUCAACUCGGCAAUUAUUCCGUGCGGCACCUCAGGGAACAACCGUUCCAUAUUCGAAAUCUACACUGCUUUCUGGCUACCGAACCUGUCAACCCUGACUAUCUUCGAGUUCAAGGAUUGGAAGCCAAUGGUGUUCGAUGAUAAUUCCCAUGUGGGUACUUCGCCCGUGCAAUGUCUUCGACUGAUUGAGUGUGGGGCUCAUGAGGAGGCUUUAGCAGCUGUUCUGAGCUGGCCUGACUCCUUGAAGGUGCUUCAAUAUGACGCCGAUCAAUUCGAAUGGGAAGGUCAUUAUGAAGGUGAGCAAGUUAAUGGUUGGACAUGUGAAGCUUUUGUACGCAUGAUUCGGUCGCAAAAAGAAAGCUUGGAGGAGCUGAUAAUGACAAGACCGCCGCUCGAUCACGAGGGGCUGGGCAAUGGGUCUCGGAUUGACCUGUCGGAGUUCACAGCUCUCAAGACUCUGCGCAUAUAUCAUGUUUUCUUGUGUGGCUGGGAUGAUCCAGAAGGCGUCUCAAGGUGCCUGCCUCCCAACCUGGAAGUUUUGGAGGUCUUCUAUGACGACACAGAUCUCACCCAAUUUUUCUGGGAAGACGAUGAGCAGCCCUACGAUACCUUUAUCUUGGAUGUGAUCCGGAACAAGACGCUUCGCCUACCUCGUCUACAUACAGUGAAAAUAUACUCGCCUGAGUGGCUCGGUGACCGUGAACUGGAGGAAACAGGGCAGACAGGAUCUUCGGAGUGGUCACUCCCAGGUCCAUUGGCGGCCGAGGCAAAGGAAGCUGGAAUCAAUAUGAGAGUUUGGAUAGGACAGGAUGUUUGGUUCAGGAUUGAUGGACUUGACGAUGUCGACCUUUUUCGCUCUUUGGAACUCAGUCAAAGUGGUCUUCCAAACCAACCUGCUCCUGGAUCGACCGCUGAAGCGAGCCAUUCACCACCAGGAAAUGCAUCAAGAGCUGAUGCAAGGGAACAAAGGAGAUUCUUUGGAUCCUAUGCUGAGUUACAGCUCUAA